CAUCAACCAUCUAUCAGAUCAGUUCUUUGAUCUUUCACUUCUUUCCCAAUCCAUCUUGUGAAAAAAUAUAUUUCCAAACCACUGCUCAGAAAUUGGUUCCCUGUUUAAAAUGGCACUUGAACUCAUUUCUUCUGCAAAGUGCUACAAUGGGGUGCAAAAAGUGUAUAAGCACGUGAGUUCGGAAGUUGGGUGUUCCAUGAACUUUUCGCUGUACGAGCCCUCGUCCUCUACCCCAGGGGAGACGUUUCCUGUCCUCUUUUAUCUCUCCGGGCUCACCUGCACCGAGCAAAACUUUAUCCAAAAAUCAGGCUUCCAAAAGUAUGCUUCCGAACAUCGACUCAUUGUCGUUGGACCUGACACCAGUCCAAGAGGUUGCAACUUGCCUGGUGAGAAGGAUGCGUGGGACUUUGGCGAAGGUGCCAGUGCUUAUGUUGACGCUGUCAAGGAACCUUGGUCCAAACAUUAUCGAAUGUACUCGUAUGUAACGAAAGAGCUUCCUAAACUUGUCAGCGACAACUUUCCAACUUCCGGAAAAUUUGGGAUUUUUGGACACAGCAUGGGGGGACAUGGUGCUAUAGUAUGUGCCUUGAGAAAUCCUCACUUGUUUCUCUCAAUUUCUGCCUUUGCUCCCAUUACGAACCCUUCAAUUACCAGUUGGGCCAAGGAUAAAGUCUUUAAAAACUAUCUUGGAGAGGAGAACAAGGAACUCUGGGCGUCCUAUGAUUCUUGUGAACUAAUCAAGGGUUACACAGGCCCACCCCGUGACAUUUUGGUGGAUCAGGGCGAUAGCGACGAGUUUCUGCUCCAAAUUCUACAUCCAGAAAACCUUAUCGCUGCGGCCGGACAAAGUCCGCAUCAUGUAAAAUUGACCUUACGAAUGCAGCCAGGAUAUAAUCAUUCCUACUUCUUUGUGCAAUCUUUCAUUGGAGAUCAUAUUGCACAUCACGCUAAAAUCCUGUGUCCUGCUAAAUACCAGGACAAACCGAAAAAUACUCCACAUGAAAAAUAAUUAAAUUCAUUAUUCUAUGCCAUUAAUUCUUUCGAAUUUAUAAUUGUCUUGAAAUUUGAGCAAUAAACAACAUGCCUGCUGAACUGCAAUCCAAAACAGAAA